AUGAAUGAACUCAAAAUGCAAGGAUGCGAAGUUAUUAUUUAUAUUCUCAAUCAAGUCGGUGAUGACAUUUAUCACGCAAUUAAAUUCUUUGGCAAUGUUAAACUUGGUAUCGUUACACAAUGCACACGUUUCGAUCGACUUAUGUCAAAUAGUGAUCCUCGGAAAAUGGAUAUGUAUAUUCAAAAUUUAGUACAAAAAUUCAAUGCAAAAUUAGGUGGUGUUAAUCAACUUGUGUCAUUAAUGCGUGCAUUAACAUCUCCAUCAGCUCGAUCUGAUAUUUCCCUGUUAAUGUGA